AUGAAGCUCUUAACAAAGGAAGAAGAGGCCGCCCACUACCGGUCAGUACUCCAAGGCGGUUCCUUUGGUACUGUCCUCGGUCUCGUCGGUGGAUGGGCUGGUGUCCUGGCCGCCUCUCGCCGUUUCCACACCAUCCGUAACCUGACACUUCCCAUGAAAGCUUUCCUGGUGACUUCGUCGGGAACCUUUGUCGGCAUUGUUGCUGCUGACCAUGCCUCUCGCCAAUUCGAGGCCGAGCGCAACGUUAACCUUCGAUACCUUGAGAAUCGCGAGGAGAGACUGAGAAGGGAAGAGCUUGCACAAAUGUCCUUUGGCAAUCGGCUAGGCGCCUGGGCGCGGGAGGAGAAAUACAAGAUUAUCGGUGCAACAUGGGUCGCCUCGAUCGUCGGAAGUUUUGUGUUGGUUGGACGAAACCCGUAUUUGUCGGGACAGCAGAAGAUUGUGCAGGCCCGUGUGUAUGCUCAGGGGUUGACGCUGGCGGUUAUGUGUGCUAGUGCUGCUUUCGAGAUCCACGAUCAGCGCAAAGGAAGGGGUCUGCUAGAGACAGCUAAGAAGGGUCGUGAUGCCAUCAAGGAGCAAAAAGAGCAGCCGGAGCUGCACCAUCAGAAACAUGAUGAGACCGCCGAUCUAUGGCAGGAUAUGGUUGCCGCAGAAGAGGAGAAACUCAAGCAGCGCCAUAAGUCUUUGUACAGCAAUGAGCACAAGGAACAGCAAGAGGGUCCAGUGACACAAGCCGUCAAGGCAUCUGGAGAGAAGGCUCAGGAGGAGAAGAAAGACGAGAAAGAGGAGGAAGAUGCAAAGGAGGUGAAAGAAGAGAAGGGCGGGAGCCAGUAA